AUUGGGUGAGUUACACCACCCAAUUAAGCGCCUAUGCCUUAGGCCACGCCAUCCGACACACGGCACCUUGAAUUUCAACCAAGUUGUCAGACAUGGUGGCCACCCAUCUCCAGCGAUUCUCAAGAAACAAUCACCUUACAUUUCUCUUUUGCCCCAAACGAUCCUCUCUAUCUCUUUUUUAUUCUAAUUAGGGUGAGGGUCGCUUCAAAUUUUAUUGGAUCGUAAUAUCUUAUUUUAUUGAUUAGUUGAUUUUGUUAGAACAAAAGCUCCGGAUUCACCGUGUUUCAUACUUUGAUAAUCUAUGGAGUUGCAAGAACCAGAAACGUGCUGACUCAUACAGCAUCAUCUGCCAUCUAUGUACCCAGCAGCAUCCAACCGACACUAGAGUCAAGGGUGUUGUUACUUAAAAACCCCAUUACCAACCCUGGCUGGCCGUGCCCAAACCCAAACUCCCAAAACAAAAAAACCCGACAUUUUUUUUCAAUCAAUUAUUAACUUUCCUUUCACAUUUCUCUUUCUCUUUCCCUUGCUUGCUUUUCUUUUUCUUUUGUUUGCCUCUUUUAUUUUUUCCUUGUUCUUUCUGUAGUCUUCUACUGCCACUUUUGCUCUACUCUCUCUCUUUCUCUAUCUCUGUUCUUUCAGCUUUCUCUCUCUUUUUAACCUUUGUUUCUGGCGGAUAAACCGGGGUGUUUGCAGAUCCAGGAAAAGGAACCCAACUUCUGGAUUAUAUGGAAGAAGAUGGUGAGUUCAGGCACUGGGAUGAAUUGAUUCCAGAUGCUCUUGGGUUGAUUUUCAAGAAUCUUUCACUCCAGGAAAUACUUACUGUAAUCCCAAGAGUCUGCAAAUCAUGGCGGAGAGCAGUUACAGGACCUUAUUGCUGGCAGGACAUUGACAUCGAACAAUGGAGCCAACUAUGCCGGCCUGAGACCCUUGAUCGCAUGCUUCAACUGCUGAUAACUAGAAGCUCAGGUUCACUCCGCAAGCUCUGUGUUACCGGUCUCCCUAAUGACCAGAGCUUUUCAUUCAUUGCAGAUAAUGCCACAUCUCUUCAGACUCUACGGCUGCCAAGAAGUGAAAUAAGUGAUUCAGUAGUGGUACAGGCUGCUGGGAGGCUCUCUUCAGUGACUUUCUUGGAUGUUAGUUACUGCAGGAACGUUGGAGCUCCUGCCCUUGAAGCAAUUGGCAAGCACUGUAAGUUACUAAUGGGGUUGAGGAGGACAAUGCACCCAUUAGAGGUAAUUGACAAGCAGUCCCAAGAUGAUGAAGCCCUUGCUAUUGCUACCACAAUGCCAAAGCUCAAGCAACUUGAGGUGGCAUACCUGCUUAUUAGCACAGAAGGUGUGCUCAACAUACUUGAAAACUGCCCUGAGCUUGAGUUAUUAGAUGUGCGAGGAUGUUGGAAUGUGAAGCUAGACGAAAAUUUUGUCAAGAAAUUCUCACGAUUGAAGGUGGUUGGACCUCAUGUGGAUUAUUUUGGAAUGAAGGGCUGGGACGAUUGUUCAAAUUAUUCAGGUUCCUCUGGUUACUUGGCCUGGGACUUUGUUGCUGGAGAUGUUGGUAUUGAUUACGAUGAUGAGAUAUCAGAUGGAGACUGGGAAGACGACCAAAGUAUGGAAGAUGUGGAAAUGAGGUUCUACGAUGGUUUUGAUUUGGAUAAUGAUUGGCCUCUCUCCCCCUGAGGUUUGUUCAUAGCAUUUCAUGAUUGGGUUGACAAGCUCUUUCAAUGCUCUCCACCACUGUUAGACCUGCUGGGAUGAGUGCCUCUUUGCUGCCACUUUGCUUUGUACAAACAUUUGUGUCUCUAAAGUAGAACAUAAACAAGUUUUUCUGUGAGUGUUUGUAAUAAUAACUUGUAAUCUGUAGUAAAAAAAUGUGUUUCCCUAGUAAUUGAGAUAGAUAUCUCAUACAUUUUCCAUGCUCCUGUACUGUCCCUACAAUAAUUAUAAAAUUCGAAGCGUGAUUGUAAAGAUGGUCCAAAUUGGUGUGUAUGUUGAAUUCCAUGGAAUAUCAAAUAAAUUGAUCAGAUUGUGACAGAAAGGAGGAUUACCCUUUCUAUCUUUUGACUUGUGUGGAUGCUCUACGCUCACAAUCAACAAGUAUUUCCAAAGGUCAGUUUUGAGGAUUGGAAGAAAAGAUCCAUAUCUUGUCUGUCAAGCUUUUCAAAAUGCUUCAUCAUUAAGCCAGAGCAGUGUCCCUUGGUCUCGAGCGAAAAGAAGAAAGUAAUUCCCUCGUUAUAAUCCAUCCUUUAAUAUGGUCUGAUUUAUCAGAAAAAUCAUUUUGAAGUCUGAUUCGAAGGCCGCUGCAGGCAGUCAAGCAGAUGCCUCUUGAAUGGCCAAAAGUAUGCUCUUACCAAAGUGCAUCACAGACUUGGCCAAAGUUAUUCGGUUUUAUACCCAUUUCUUUGAAUAAAAAUUUCAUGAUCCGAAAUGAAAAGUGUCUAUACCUUAUGGAAAUCUUAGAAAUAGGAAUGUUAGAAUGCCAAUAUGGUGCACAAAACCUAAUAGAGGUAUGCAAAUUUAUAAACUGGCUAAUGGCAGACUCUUCUCCUCUUAACUGAUACAGAAGAAGAUUCAGCAACCGAUAG